AUUAGCAAGCAGAUCAUGGAUAACCUCACACCCUACUACUAUUUGUUAGUAGCUCUUAUUCCGCUUCUAUACUUGGUUAGAAAUAGAAUCAGUAGAGGUUCUCGUGACCGCGGUCUGCGGCUUCCUCCCGGCCCAUGGGAGCUUCCUCUCAUUGGCAGCGUACACCACAUUUUCAGUGCUUUCCCACACCAAGCCUUACGUGAUCUCUCACGCCGUCAUGGCCCUCUCAUGCUCCUCAAGCUCGGCAAGGCUCCUAUUAUCAUCGUCUCCAGUGCCGAUGCUGCCAAGGAGAUCAUGAAGACCCACGACACUACCUUCUGCACAAGGCCACGGAGCUCGGCUGUCAAGGUCUUCACCAAGUAUGUCAAGGGGAUGACAUUUUCCCCGUACGGCGAGGGAUGUCGCCAGCUUCGCAAGAUCUGUAUCAUGGAGCUGCUUAGCCCUAAGCGCAUUCAAUCUUUUCGGCACAUCCGGGAACACGAGACCUUGCGGCUCGUGGAAUCAGUGUCAGCGGCUGCAUCUUCAUCCUCAGAGCCGCAUAUGAAUCUGAGUAAGAUGAUUAGCCGCUACGUGACGGACGCAACGGUGCAUGCCAUUAUGGGUUACCGGUUCAAGGACCAAGACACCUUGGUCCAUUACAUUGAUGAGGUUUUGCGUUUGAUGACCGGAUUCACCUUACCUGACUUGUUCCCGUCCUCGAGGCUAGCACACGCCCUAAGCAGCACACUGCGUGCUGCUGACGCCCACCGGGACACCGUGUAUGUGUUCCUGGAUCGGGUAGUAAAUGAGCAUCUCCAAAGGAGGAGGUCGGAGGAGGAAGUUGGUCACCAUGACCUGAUUGAUGUCCUCCUGCGGAUCAAAGACGAAGGCAACCUUCAGUUCCCACUAACCAUGGAUACAAUCAAAGCAGUGGUUUUUGAACUUAUGGCAGGCGGGAGCGAGACACCAACAUCAACGAUACAUUGGGCCAUGGCACAGCUGAUACGGAACCCGAGCUCCAUGUCCAGGGCACAAGCUGAGGUCAGGCGAGUCUUUAUGGCGCAAAUGAAGGUAACUGAGGAGGGUCUAGGCGAGCUGUCCUACCUCAAGUGUAUCAUCAAGGAGACCAUGCGACUGCAUACUCCCGGGCCAUUGUUAAUGCCAAGGCAAUGCCAGAAACAGUGCAAGAUUCUUGGCUAUGACAUUCCCAAGGGGGCUACGGUCCUCGUGAAUGCUUGGGCUAUCGCUAGAGACCCGGAAUACUGGCAAAACCCGGAAGAAUUCGUGCCAGAGCGAUUCGAAGGUAAUAAUGCGAGAGAUUGGAAAGGUAACAACUUUGAGUAUACACCAUUUGGGGCCGGGCGACGGAUGUGCCCCGGGAUGUAUUUUGGGCUCGCCAAUAUUGAGCUAGCUCUCGCAAGCCUUCUGUUCUAUUUCGACUGGACUCUCCCGGAUGGCAUUCUUCCUAGUGACUUAGACAUGAGAGAAACCAUGGGGAUCACCAUUAGGAAGAAGGAGGAUCUGCGGUUGCGUGCAACUCCCCACAUACAGCUGCCCUGCUAGCUGAACCACAGUUCACUUCUGAUCCCUCCAAAAAAAAAAAACUUUGCGUUUUAUGGUUUUCUUGUUAAUGUUACUAUAUCAUAGCUAGCCAUUUCAUCAGGUUUUGAUAGUACCAGAGGGUGAUAAGACUCCAUGGUAACGACUUCUUUGAUUUAUCAUUGUUUCCAAUUGUGUGGUGUUUCCGAUAUCAAAUAAAUAAAUAAAUAAAUAAAUUACA